CAACACUGACGGUUUAGGCGUGCACCGAGACGAAGGAAGAUUUCAUUCGAAUUAAAAAUAAUUAUGGACGACGAGGACGAUCCUGUGGUGGAGGAGAUACCCGUGUUCCUCUCGAAAAACCUGCAGGACAGCUUGUACUUGUUUCAAUACCCCACGAAAACGGAGCUCCCGAACCACGAUGAUUCCGUGAUAGUGAAUUGCUGUGUGAAACCGAUUUCGCAGGAGGUGAAAGUGGACUUUGGGCUGGACAUAGAGUCCGCCCACUUUGAUCGCUUUAAGGGCGAACAGUUUGCAGUGGCCGCCGAUGGAAAGAAUACCUAUGGAGCGGCCCCGCAAAAAGGUCAGGAGCGACCGACCUACAAACGUGGCAUCAUGGACAAACAGGCCUUCACGAGCACCCGUUCCCUAACGGAUGUUGCCAAGUACAUAGUUGGCAUCUACACGGAUCGGGAGGUCCAUUUAUCGCCUCUCACCUCGAUUGUGCAAAUGCGUCCUGCUCUUAGCCAUUUCGACAAGGAUGACAAGCGCAAAAAAGCGGAACAGAAGGCCCAAACGGAGGACAUGGACGAUGAUGAGGUGCUGCAACAGGUCACGGUGAAGUUUGCCCGCGGUAACACCAAAAACAGCGGCAAGGAGCAGCGGGCGGGCACCUAUGAUGGAUUUGUCCAGCGGAUUGCCGAUGAACCUUGGUGCGAGGCCUACUGGCACUCGAGGGGCACGCCCACCGCCGAGCUGGAGCGCCAGAAACUCUUUGCCACCAGCCAUCAGGGCAAUCAGGCUCUGGCCCUCGGCGCUGGCGACUAUCUCCGCAAGCUUUUGCCGUACGACGAGCAUGUCCAGCCGGUGGUCAGCUCUUCGGCUGCUGCCGCUGCCGCUCAAGUGCUUCCUGUCUACAACAAGGCCAUGCUGAAGACUAUGCCGCUGGUGGAACAGCUCACGGUGCUCCUCAGGGACGCCAGGAUGCUCUCCUUCAACGAUCUGAUUGGAAUACUAGCAGAGCACGUGGAUCCGCAUGUGGCGGCAGACAAGGUGCUGGCUUUGUUGCCACAGGUGGGCAUCCUGCUGCACGGCAACUGGGUGCCGCGUUCCGAGGUCGUCUUUCCCGAGAAAAUGCUCUCCCAUGCCAACGGAGUGCCCGCAGAUCAGAUGAUCCGCGCCAGGGAUUAUAUACUCUUCCGCUUCUCCCGCACGCCCUAUUUGUUCCGCGCUCAGGUGAUGGUCGCCACCCAGUUGCCACCUGCGGAAACACUGGAUGUUUUGAGGACUGUGGCGCGGGUGAACACCACAAAACGCUGGGAACUGCUGCUGCCGCCGGACAAGGAGUUCGAACAGAAAUAUCCGGAACUGGUCAGCCGACAGGAGUUCCACUGGACCGCCUCCGAGCAGCACUACAACGAAAUGGACUGGGCCAGGGAAACGAAGCGAGUGCGCAAACGAUCCACGCGAAAGAGCGAAUCCCAGUCGUUGUCCUCAUCCAUGCCGCCGCCUGCAAUGAAUACUUCAGCCACAGGUUUCGUGGACGCGUAGCAUCGGAUGAUGACCGCCGACUGGCGGAGGAACGGGAGCACAAGUCUAAUAUACCUAGCCACUAAUAAAAAGACCAACAAUUUUACUUUGUUA